AUGGGAUGCGGUGGCAGCGCCUGGAGAGGCCAAGAGGAUACUCAGAGUUGCGCGCGGCCCUGCAACGCGUGCCACGCUGUCUGCGCAUUGCACAGACGAGGGUUCUUCGACACUGCAGAAUGCUCCUUGUGCGCGACUUCCUCUAUGAGCUUCAGCUGGACUUGUGUGCACAAGUGCGGCUUCCAGGUUUGUUUGCCAUGUGAACUCAACAUCGCCAUGGACGGGGACAGCGUGGAACGACUGCAGAUGGCUCUGCGUGCAGUCGAGCACCACGAAGCAAGGGAUCCCGAGGUGGCAGCUGCAUCGCUUCAGCUGCAGCUUUGCGAUCGGCUCGAUAUGGCUUGCGGCCUCACCUCCUUCCAACAGCUGGAGGAAGCUAUCUCUGCCGCCGAAGGGCAGGAGGCUUUGAUGGUCCGGUCGCAUGUGCAGCUUCUGCUUCAGCGGCUGGACCUCCUUGCUGACAUCGACUUCGAGCUCCGCAGAGCCACAGAAGGACACAGCAUCGAGCUGCUCCAGGAUCGGCUCCGUCGUGCCGAGGAGCAUGGCCUGGAUGCUCCAGAAAGACUUCGCCUUGCCCAUCGACGACUGGAUCAACUGAGAGCCCUACAAAGGCUCAACGAGUCACUGGAGGCAGCGGUAGCAGUGCCUCAGGAAAUCCGAGAAGCGAUCGCCGCCUGCAUGGAAGCGCAGCUUGAGCCCGAGCAGCAGCCGGCCGUGGUGGCAGCCCAAGCCCGGCUGGACUUUCUCCAGGCAGCGGUGGAUCUGGCAGAGGCGAGCCUCAACUUCGAUGCCGAUGCGCUGCAACUUGCUUUAGAGGAGGCACGGCGUGUCGCCAUCGAUGCAGCGCGGCUGAGUGAGGCAGAGGACCUGCUUGCAGAGCUCAGUGUGACGUGCGCGGAAGGUCACAGGCUCCAAAGACUGCGGGGGAAGGUUCCGCCUUGUGCUUGCCAGGGCUGCUAUGCACAGUCGGAUGCCAAGGAGUUGACGUGGUCGCGCUGCGAGCCGUGCGACUACGCUCUGUGCCAUUACUGUGUUGCAUGGCGCGCCAAGGGCCGCCAGCGAUUCUUGGAGGACUCGCCGCCGGAGGCCGAGGAGGCCGAGGCCACCAGGACGUCCUUGGGCGCCCGGUCGGCAGAAGGCCCGUCUCCGGAGGCACCCGAACUGCCGGGAGCGGUUGCAUCGGAAGACUCAUCUCCGGUCUUCUCACUUGGCUUUGACGAGGCUGAGCAUAGGAAGUGGUUUGACUGCUGGGCCGCACGGAUGAAUGCGCAAAGUGCACAGUGGGAGUUAUUUCGCGGAGGCGAGUGGGUUCCAUUUGGUAUCGGCCUGUGCAACAAACUCACAGCUGCCCUGGGGACCGGCGAUAGCACAUUUCGGUAUGUAGCCACGAACCAGCAGGAACAUCUCUUCAAUUUUGACACGAUGGAGCAAGUUAUCGUCGCUACCGGCAAGCGGAGAUCUAUGCGGCGAGUCCUCUGGGAAAUCGAGUUAGACAUUGGGUGGGUUCUCGUCGAGGAGGAAUUGGCUCUUCAGUUGCAGAUGCACGAGGUGAAGGAAGAAAUCUCCUUCGAGUAUUUCGCACGAGGAAUGAACUACACGGUCAACCUUUUCGAGCGAAAUCAGCUUAACUUGGAGCUUGGCACGAAACGUUCUUUACGCAAAGUGGCACUGCAAGAUGUGGUCCCGAAAAUGAGCAGGCAGCAGCUGCGAAUGGCCUUGGAGGACGACUUUCCAAAGUUUGCCUGUGCGACUCGCCAGUGGAUCAUGAUGCGAUGGCCAUGGCAACAGAUCGGGGACUGCAGUAUCGACGCUUGUCAGUUCGUGGAGACAGGCUUGGCUGAUGAGAUUGCAUCAGGGCUUGCAGGCAUGCAAGAAGGUGUCCCGCAACUAGGAGGCAUUCUUCAGAAUAUUCUUUGGUUCGACUACGUGGAUGAUGUCAAAAUGGAGCGAUUGACACAAACGCAGGUGGUCAAUGCGGUCGCCCAAGACUCUCGAUGGCGAUGGGGCCACGCCGGUGCGGAGGAUGCUGUCAGCGCGCUUUGGGUCGAUCUAGGGCUCGUGGCCACGGAAGCGGUGAGCAAGCUGGAGUGUCUGGUUGCAGGU